GGCUAGGAAAAUCGCGAGUUCUCGCUCGCUGGCGCGCGCGAGCGCCACAGCUGCGUUUGUCUCCCCGCGGCCUUGGCUGGCAGGGGUCCGGACUCCCCUCAGUCCAACCGGAGCUCUCCCCGAACCGGCCUUCUCUUUCGUUUCAUCGUAUUCUCCGAGAAAUGAAAAGAAAAGGAGAGUGGGGAAAGGAGAACGGAAAGAAACCAUUGUCGAAGGUGUCCUUUUCGCGCGCCUGCUGUUCACUAUUCUUCUUUAGAUUUUUUUUUUUUUUUUUACUAUUGCUCUCCUUCGCUCUCUCCUGUUUCCUUCCUUUGCCUUCGAGUCUCCGCUGCCGCCGUCGCCUCGAACGGUGCAUUGCACUGUUCCCUUGUGCGUGCGCGCGCGCGGUUGAUCGCGCGGGUGGUUCGCGUCACAGCAGGCCGUGUGGUGGUCGUCUGCUGCGCUGGCUAGCGAAACCGGUGCGUUUCCGAACCCCGUCGUCGCGUGUGCGGUGUCUACUCCCGCUGCGGAUCGUCGUCUGUUGCGCGAGCUGUCAUCGGAAUCGUCGUCUGGUGCGGACGUAGCGGCGGCAGCAGUGGCGGUGGCCGAGCUGGCGGCUGCGGUUCUCAUUUACACGCCGUCGUCCAUGAACAGCGAACAACACCUCUACCGCCAACACCACCAGAAUCGCAGGAGACACGCCAAAGGCUCAUCUGGGCAGCAGCAGCAGGAGCUUGAGGAGCAGCUGGGUCCCUCGGCAGCACAGUAUGAGGACUUCCACACAAUUGACUGGCAGCGGGACCUGGCCCGGGACCGCAUGCGCCACCGGCUCAUUGUCAAGCGCCGAGGGCAAGGGGGUCUGGUGGAGCUCCUGGUGGGCUUUCAUGACGCCUGGUCGGGCUGGCUGUGCGUACUUCUGGUGGGGCUGGCGGCAGGCGCCAUUGCGGCUGUCAUCGACAUUGGUGCCCUCUGGAUGAAGGACCUGCGUGAGGGCAUCUGCCCGCAAGCUUUCUGGCUCAACAAGGAGCAGUGCUGCUGGGCAUCCAAUGACACUUUCUUCAAGGGGGAUGACUGCAAGCAGUGGUACAGGUGGCCAGAAAUGUUUGACAGUGAUAUUGACAAGGAAGGGGCAGGGUUUUACCUCCUCUCUUACCUGUUGUACGUCCUAUGGAGUGUACUUUUUGCUGGCCUGGCUGUCAUGUUGGUGCGGACAUUCGCCCCUUAUGCCUGUGGCUCUGGAAUUCCAGAGAUCAAAACCAUUCUGAGUGGUUUCAUCAUUCGCGGCUACCUGGGCAAGUGGACUCUGACCAUCAAGUCGGUGUGCCUGGUGCUGGCUGUGGGGGCGGGGCUCAGUCUGGGCAAGGAAGGGCCCCUUGUGCAUGUUGCCUGCUGCAUCGGCAACAUCUUCUCCUACCUGUUCCCCAAGUACGGCAAGAAUGAGGCCAAGAAAAGGGAGAUCCUUUCGGCUGCUGCAGCUGCAGGUGUGUCUGUUGCUUUCGGGGCUCCCAUCGGUGGCGUUCUGUUCAGCUUGGAGGAGGUGAGCUACUACUUCCCGCUGAAGACGCUGUGGCGUUCCUUCUUCUGUGCCCUGGUAGCAGCCUCUGUGCUGCGCUCCAUCAACCCUUUUGGCAACGACCACCUGGUGAUGUUCUACGUAGAGUACGACCUCCCGUGGCUGUUCUUCGAGCUGCUUCCCUUUGUUCUGCUUGGGAUCCUCGGGGGUGUGGUGGCCACCAUCUUCAUCAAGUGCAACAUUCGUUGGUGUCGAUACAGAAAGGAAUCUCGUUUGGGCCAGUAUCCCAUAGCUGAGGUUAUUGCGAUUACGGUCAUUACGGCUGUUCUCAGUUUUCCCAACGAGUAUACACGCAUGAAUACUAGCGACCUUAUAAAGGUCUUGUUUAGCCAGUGUGGCAUUACUGAUGUGUCACCACUAUGCGACUACAAGCGCAACUUUACCAAUGUAAACAACCACAUUGACAUAGCUGAGGCUGGGGAUGGCGUUUACAACUCCCUGUGGCAGCUCAGCUUAGCUUUGAUAUUCAAGCUGCUCAUCACCAUCUUUACCUUCGGCAUCAAGGUCCCUGCUGGUAUCUUCAUUCCGAGCAUGGCCUUUGGUGCCAUCAUGGGCCGUAUGAUUGGCAUUGCUGUGGAGCAGCUUGCCUACCAGUACCCGACCCUGUGGGUGUUCCAGGGUGCUUGUAACACUGGUGAGAACUGUGUGACACCUGGCCUCUACGCCAUGGUAGGGGCAGCAGCCUGCCUGGGCGGGGUGACAAGGAUGACCGUGUCUCUGGUGGUCAUCAUGUUUGAGCUGACCGGCUCGGUGCGCUACAUUGAGCCUCUCAUGGCAGCUGUCAUGGCCAGCAAGUGGGUUGGCGAUGCUCUGGGCAAGGAGGGCAUCUACGACGCUCACAUUCACUUGAAUGGCUACCCAUUCCUGGACAACAAAGAGGAAUUCGCCCACACCACUCUUGCGGCUGACGUAAUGCAACCACGGCGUGGGGAAGGACCACUUUGCUGUGUGACACAGGAUAGUAUGACAGUUGAAGAAUUAGAGUGCCUCCUGAAGACAACUGACCAUAAUGGCUUCCCUGUGAUAGUGUCCAUGGAAUCUCAAUAUCUUGUUGGUUUCGUGUUGCGUAAAGACCUCAGCUUGGCUUUGGCCAAUGCUCGCAAGUGCCAAGAAGGAGUUGUGGGUAGCUCGCGUGCCCUCUUCACAAGCCAGGUACCAACGCCGUGGAAUGGCCCGUCGCCAGUUAAACUGCGUCGCAUCUUGGAUCUGGCUCCUAUCACAGUGACAGACCAGACCCCCAUGGAAACUGUGAUUGACAUGUUCCGCAAGUUGGGCUUGAGGCAGACUCUAGUCACGCACAAUGGAAAAAUCUUGGGCAUUAUUACCAAGAAGGAUGUUUUACGCCACAUCAAGCUCCUUGCCAACGAAGACCCAGAGUCCGUGCUCUUCAACUAAUACAGCCAAGAGAGGCCAUCCACAAGACACUGUUGAGAGUCCAUUGUGUUUGAAGCGAGGACUUCGGGGACCAGCCCUGGCACUUUUAGUCAGGAUGGUGCUAGCAGCUGCGCAUGUACUCAAAAAAAGAAAAAAAUGAAAUGACCCCGCUCUCGUUAGCAAACAGCUGCUGCAACAAGCAGCACCCCCUCACAAACUGCAGCAAAGGACUUUGAUGUGUGUGCGAUGUUCUAGGGCACCUCCUCGGACCACUUCCCCUCAAUUUGACUCCAGUGGUCGUAGUCAUUAAUAGUGCGCAGCUGAGUGGGGGAAAGUGGUCUGGAAAGCAGCGUAGCAAGAACCGUGAGGUGUCAUCCUCCUCUCUCUGUAGCAUGCAGCUACGCUCAUUUGUGUACAGUGUAUUAUCGUCGCGUGCAAAAGAACCAGUCCUGGUGAGAGCAGCAGCUGCGAUUGAUUGACCCUCCAGGAUGCCCAUCUCCUAAACCCACCCCCUUUUACCCUCCCCCUCCUUUACACCCUCUAAUUUAAGAACGGCUACUUGUGUGUGCGACACACAGAAGACUGUCAUUUCGAGUAGUUGCUGCAUUUACAAUGUUCACUGUUUGUAUUUUAACACUACUGCAUCUUUACUUUUUUUGUUGCUCUUAACAAUAUACACACAAUUCCUGCAGCAAGCUCAAAAAAUACAAAGAAAAGAAAGAAAACCGUGUGACUUGA